AUGUCAUCGCUAUUGGAGCUUCCAUCGGAGCUGCUGGAGCUCAACGUGUGUCAGUGCCUGGAUGUCGUUAGUGUCUCUCAGCUCAGUCUCGUGAAUCGCAGCGUACAUCAGGAUAUCACGCACUGUUCCAAGCUCUGGGAGACCCUGGUGGCCCGUCACUUCGGCUACGUGAACAAACCGGCGCAGGCCCAAAGCAACAGUGACAACAGCGAGAUCAGCUGGAGAGAAGUCUUUAUUGCGGGUUGGCAGGACUAUUGGAUGUUGACCCCAGCCACACUGCAAGAGAGUGACGUCCUGCACGUGUACCACCAGAAGUUACGACUUCAACCUCGGGAGGCUCAGAUCAGACAGGAGAUUGUGCUCAUGCUGGGACUACGACGAAUUCCAAGCAGUGUGAAGCUAAUUCAGCUGUACGCAAAUGUGAUUCGACAGGCUCAUCUCGUUCCUCGUGUGGGUGCUGCCAGUACGGCAAGGGCUCUGCGCAGAUUGGCGUUGUAG